UAUAUACAUAUCCAAACUAUUAUUUUAUGUUUUAAAAAAUAUUUAGAAAAUAUUAAACUUUAGUUUCUAUAUUUUUAUUUUCAUAGCUAAUAUAUUAUUAUAUAAUAAAAUUAAUUUAUUUAUUAACCCAAGAUUCAUCCGCGGUCGACCCAGUGACCCAUUGACUCGGUAAGUCCUUUUAACAUAAUGAGAAAAAAGGUUUUUGGAUAAGCUUUAAGAAGUAAGAACAUGCUAACGUUUAUUAUGGUUGUUAAUGUCAACAUUGUCACAUUAAAAGAUACAAAAGCUGGCAAUACCACUCCGAGGUUGACUUAAAUAAUAAUCAAACUUAUUUUAAGUUUUUGACAAUAUUUACGAUGAUGCUGGUGAAUUUUUCUGAUCACUUAAUAAAAAAUUUGAAUUUUCUAUUUUUUAUAACUUAUAGUAUGUCGCCCUUAUUUAUUAGCUAUUGAUAAUAUAAUAAGUUUGAAACACUCAUAUACUGAAGCCGAUGAAUUUUUCGAUGGAGGAUUAUCUACACCGAAUUCUAUAGAAAAAUGAUGUAUCUUUCAAUUACUAAUUGCUUAAGAUAUUUAUUAUAUAUUUAUUUAAAAAAUGAAGAUGAUCGCAUUAAAUCUAACUGAUUGUAUCAGGUAAGAUAUCAAGUUUUUUACAUAAAGUUUGCAAUAAUCGAUAUAUAUUCCAACUGCAAUCUAUCACCGAAAGAAAGAAAAAUGAAAAUCAGUUUAAUCGAACAAACCAAAAUAAAUACAGCUUCCGAAUAGUUGUUAUAUUUUAAAAGAGUUAAAUCUAAAAAAAUCCAACCUAAAACCAAAUCGAUGUCCACACUAAACAGAUUUAAUAUCUUCUUAUCUUAUAAAUAUUAAAAUUAAUAAUUUUAUUCCGCGCAAGGCGCGGGUUAUCACCUAGUACACAUAUUAUAUAUGUCAUCUUGUUAGCCUAAUCACACCCCAUUGUUACAGAAAAAAAUCAAGUCGCUUAAGUUAAUGUUAAACCAAUAAUUUAUUUCCGGUCGAUAAAAUGCGCGGAUCCUAUUGAAUUUGAGUUUGUAUGGGUGACACAAGAACAAAACUAAUAUAAAUUGCUAUUAUACUAAACGUCAUUGUCAAACCAUAUUUUAUUAAUUUAAUAACUUUGUAAUUCAAACAAGUAUCUAUAUUAUAACUGGAAUAUAAAGAAGUUUAAUAAAAAAAAGAAAUAUAAAGAAGAAAAACAAAAGCCAGUUCACCAAUAGAUUAUGUUUGUUUUUAAUAUCUUACAAGAGUUUUUAUAGAGGAAGGCAAGUAUGUGUUAGUUAAAGAUUGCAAAGUCUUCUUCAACUCUAUCCUUGAGAAAAAUAAUACAGCAAACAGUUGAAUUAGAAUAUUUCUGUGCAUAACCAAUAAGAGUAGUUCAAAGUUUCUUUUCUAAUUGAAUUGAAUGUUAAAAAUUACUCAAAUCAAAGCUUUCGGUUUACACCCAAUGCAAAAUAUAGAAGAAUGUUAAAAUAAAGAAUGUAUAUCAACUGCAUUAGUUGGUUGGACUUGUAGCCUGUUUCUAACUCCGUUAUCAAUGUGUUUGAUCAAUCUUAUUGUCGUAGAUGGAUUUUCUCCAUGUCUGUGGUGGUUCCUUUCCCUCCAGAUGGUAUACGCUAUGGGCUAAAACACGUAUUGUAAAAUAAAAACAAUAUCUUAGAACGUGUUGAGUCUUGUUCCGAUAUGAGAGAAAUAUAAGGAUGUACUGCCAGUGUGUCGUGAAAUGCUCGUUAAAUAUCUCGUUUGUCAAAUUUUACCAGACUUGAAUAGAGAAACUGCGUUAUAAGAUAGGUUUUUCCUUUCUAAUUGAUCUCUGCAUGGUGUUGGUCAAUUACUGAAAUGUCAACUAAUGCAUGUUAAGAAAACUGAUCGACUAGUUGCGACUCGUUUUAUAAACAGUCUCAAUUUCAUGAAAAUCAAUAGAUUUAAUCACUAGACCACUUAAUCAUCGGAUCCGCGUCUAAUUAUCUUGUAGAUAUGUUAAUCCAUUACGUACAUCUACUGAUACUUACUAUGAUAUCGGGUACUUUUGAAAACAUCUAAAGAUACUUUCUGUAACAAUCAAUAUAGUUAUGCAUUUGUUAUGGUAUCAUUCAAAUUAGACAAGCCAUGUCGUCUCAUGAUUAACAAUAAGUAUUUUUCGUGAAAAACAAACAAUAAGUUAAACAAAAGAAAUUCCAGAGGCUAAUCAAGUUAUUAAUCAAUUGCAAGCAUUUUAUUUUUCGGAUAUGAAAAAUUAAUUAGAAGCAAAUAAAUAACCCCACCAGCUACCCUAACGUAAUUUGAAAAGGCAGGCAAAAGAAAGACAAGUAUAUGAAGUUUGUCUGAUUUGGCAGAAACAACAAUUUGUAUACACACAUUUUAUUUUAUUUUAUUUACAAUACAUUGUCGUAUUGAAAAUUAUGACACUGGAAUUCAAAGGGUUUGGCUCCACCUAAUAAAAAUUAGGUGCGGUGUUUCAAAUGCUAGAUAUCAUCUAUAAAAUAUUUGAUUUCAGAAAAAUAUAUAUAUAUAUAUAUAUAUAUAUAUAUAUAUAUUUCUUUUCGUGUUGAACAAGCCCUCUAUCAUAUGAAUAGUUCUACAAUGAAUCAGAUGAUUAACAAAAAAUAAUUAUGACUUAGAUGACUCUUUUUUUUAUUGUCUUAAAAAGAAACGUAUCCUCAAAGCUGCCUAUAUAUUUCCCCCGCUUCGAAGCACGUAUCUGUGUCAAAGAUUGUCAUCUCCAAUCUACAUAUAUUUUAUAUAUCCUUUCAGUAUCAUAUACGUAUUCUUUUUGAUAGCUAAUAUAUACAUAUAUUCAAUUAAAUAACUUAUAAAAUAUGGUGUGUAAAUCAGAGACAUCAAACAGGAAAUUGAAAUCUAAGGAGAAGCAACGGAAAGGAUUAUGGUCACCGGAAGAAGACGAGAAGCUUAGGAGUUAUGUGCUCAAAUGUGGCCAUGUAUGCUGGAGCACUAUUCCUAUUCAAGCUGGAUUGCAGCGGAAUGGGAAGAGUUGUAGACUAAGGUGGGUUAAUUAUUUAAGACCUGGACUUAAGAAGAGUGCGUUCACUAAAGAAGAAGAAACCACACUUCUCUCACUCCAUUCUAUAUUGGGUAACAAAUGGGCUCAUAUAUCAAAAUAUUUACCUGGAAGAACCGACAACGAGAUAAAAAACUAUUGGCAUUCUUAUCUGAAGAAGAGUGUACCAUCCACAAAACAUGAAAGCACAAGAACUCCUCAAACACAUUCAAUCACAAACUCAGUUAAGACCUUGGAAAGUACAACCGGGAGGUCUUCUUCCUUCAUCAAUGUCGGUGAAUCAUUUAGUGCAAAACUAUCUAACUUUUCGCCAAGUGUCGUGUUCUCGGAAUGGUUAGAUCACAGUUUGGUCAUGGAUCAACUACCUCAAACACAUAGUUAUGUUCAAGACCAUAUUGUACCGGAAGAGAGAGGACUGGCUGGAACAUUUGGCCAGCGUCUUUACGAAAACAGCAACUCUAUGGUUGACUACAUACCAAACUCGGAUUUUUUACUGGGGGAUGAGAUUGAGUUCUGUACUUCAUUUUCGGACAGCUUUUUGAUCGACGCACUCGCAAGUGAACAACGGUCGAUGUAAAUGUGAAGAAGAUGUCCGAGGUGCGAAGAGUCGAGUGUUUAAUUUACGCGCGAAUAAAAGAGUACAUAGUUUAAAGUAGACUUCGCUAAGUUGUACUAUUUAUUAUUGACAUUCUAAUUUGAUGUAAAUAACUUCUAUAAAAAUCCUUUUUUCUAUUGAA